GUUUCAAGGUAGGUUCAGAUCGCUGUCAGCGUGAUUAGACUCACGGUCCCUUCAUGAUAAGGUUGUCAUUAGUGGUACAACUAUAAUUAUAAUGUAAUCUUAACAUGAAAUUGCUGGUGUAGUUCAUUCGAAAUCGUCAUUAAAUAAUAAUACUUUGGAGUUUAUUAUUUUGUCUAUUUAAACAAUUAUGGGCAGUUAUGUUAGUUAUUUUUUCGGUCAGUUUAAUAAGACUGACAAGAAAGAAAAUACUUUAGAACAGAUAAAAGAUAUUUUUAAGCAAUAUGGAAGUGGAUCCAUUGAUUUAUCUCUUGUUGAUGACGGUAUAGGAAUUUUGGUUAUCAACAAUCCUGAAAAGAGGAAUGCAAUGAGUGGUAAAAUGAUGGUUCAACUAUGUGAUGCGAUUAGUGAAUUAGAAAAGUGGAAGGAUGGAAGAGGCUUACUGAUUCAUGGAGCUGGAUUAGGCUUUUGUUCAGGUGGUGAUCUAGACUUCAUCAGAUCUUCAACAAACCAAAAUCUUGGUUCAGAUAUGUCUCGUCUUCUUACUGAUGCCCUUAACAGACUUAGAGCCCUACCUAUUGUAUCACUUGCUUACAUUCAUGGAUUUGGUGCAAUAGGUGGUGGUUCUGAAAUAGCUAUGGCUGCUGAUUUGCGCAUCAUUUCUCCUGGAUCCAAAAUAGGUUUCGUUCAUGGUAAAAUGGGUCUCACACCAGCAUGGGGUGGAGCUGGAAGGCUAAUUCAAGCAGUUGGCCGGGAGCAGGCAUUAGAAUUACUGUUAUCAGGGCGCCUAGUUUCAUCUGAAGUUGCAAGAGAUAUUGGCUUGGCUCAGAAAUGUGGUGACCUCAACUGUGCUGAAAGUUAUUUGAGAAGUUUAUGUGGUUUUGCCCCACAGAUAAUAGGUGCAAUGAAAUCUGCUUUGGUCGGAAAUGAAGGUAAAGUUUUUGUAUCCCUUUUUGGUGGUGUGGAGAAUAAGAAGGCCCUAGCUGCGAAAAUCAAACAUAAAGACUGACAAAGGCAUUAUUGUCCUUUGAUCAUGUAAGGUAAGCCAACACAGCUCCGGACACAGUGCUAUCAGCAUCACAUCUUGCAGUCAGAGCCAGCCCUGUAACAGUUGCAUUCUUCCGUUCAAUGCAGUCUAUGGUUCAACUUAUCACUAUUGGAAGGGGUUACGAGACUGGCUCUUUAUUGCACUCUAUUAAUAAGAUGCAAAAAUCUUUGGGUUAUUUUAGUAUUUCAUUUUGCUUAUUAUUAGUGUUGAUCAUAUCUCAAGUUUUUGCACUCUAGUUAUAAUUUUGCUAUGGAAGAAUUAUAUUAUAACAAAUUAUGGGUAUAUUCAUGAAGAAAUUUCGUUCACUUUUUAAAAUAAAUUAUUUAUUAUGUGAUAUUGUUGACGUUUUGGGUUUUUAACCCAUCUUCAGGACGAUUUCUAUAUUUUGGAAUCUAUAACAAAUGGUGAUUGCAUAUGAGCUGCAAUAGAAUUCAAGUGAUAAAGAAGGUAUAUAAGAUUGAGAAUGCGCUUUUAAAUAAUAAAAACAAAGAUUCAUAUUUAGCUAUCCUGUUAAACACAGCUGCUAAAGUGUCUUUCAGUUUUACUUUAUCAAAAUCCAUUUAUAGAAGCUAAUAAAAUACAUUUUAAACUAAACACGUUAUGCAGAGACGACAAGGUGAGAGAAAAAUUGGGAGGGAGUGGUGCGAAACGAUAUUCUCAACAUUUUUAUUGGGGGGGAGGAGCAAUUGCUCCCCUUGCUCUCCGGAAGUCUGCAACAAUUUGCUAUAUAUACUAAUUUACCUUAUGGCAGAGUUUUUUUAUUAUUAAUUAAUGACAUUACAUAUUCUGUUGUCAUAUAUUAUACAUAAAUAAAUAUUCAUUUUUCCUUUAAUUGAAAUAUAUUUACAAAAAUUACAUUGAUCAAGGAGAUUAUUACUCCAUACUAUUUUAUUCAAAUAGAUUGGACUUAGUUCUAAUCUUAUUUUGUUAUUUUGUCUCUUCUCCCUCUAUUUACAUUUAUGUUUUAUUGUUAAAUAACCCGAAGCAAUGAUGAUAUGAUUUGUUAAAUAAUUUAUUUUAAAAAACGUAUUAAUUUUUACAUGAAAAUACCAACAAUAUAUAUAGUUAUAAUGUUUUAUGUUACGUUUUUCUUUCAAUAUUUUUUUGCUUUAUACUUGGUUUAAAUGUCUUUCUUAAUGUUAUUUUAAGUUUCUAUUACUCUUUUCUUAUUUCUUAAAGCUUCUAUCUUUUAUUUUUGUUGAAUUAAUAUAAUACCACAAUGUUUGAAGUGUAGUCAGUGAAUACAUAAUGUUUGUCCUAUGUAUAUGACUUAAAAUGGAUUGUUCACAUAUCAUGUCAUGCUGGAAGGAAGAUUGAGGAUUUGUCUUCCCAUUAAAGUGUGAACUGGGUCAUUACCAGUUCUGUGAUUCAAGAUUUGUCUUUUUAUUUUCCUACUGCUUCUAUGUAAGGAAAAUAUUAAACUUGGGUCAAACUUUUGAUGUGCAGUUUUCAACAUAUCUUACUGUGUUAAUUUUUCAGAGCCCGUUAAGAGUCUCGUGAUAUCUAGCAGCUAGUAUUAAAAACUGAUUUUAAAAACAUUCAUUGCCAGAUGUGCUUGGUGGGCUUAUACCACAGGAUUACAAACUUUAAUUUUUAGUCUCCAAAAAAAAUUUCUUUAUUUAAAACAGAACUGUAGUUAACUAAAAUUAUGAUAUACAUUCCAUAAAUUUAUUGUUGUGUAGUUUUAAAUGGGUAGGGUACAUCAGAAGAAUAAACAAUUCUGAUUUGUAUUAUUUUUUUAGUUGUUGAUUUGGACAGUUAUCUAUUUCUCUAUAAUCAGUGACUAGUUGUUUAUUCAGUAAAUACCCUAAAAUAUUCAGCAAGUUACAAUUACAUAAAAUAAUAUAUGAAGUAUAAUAUAAUAAUUUUCCAAAUACUAUUAUAUAAUUGUAAUAUUAAUAAUAGAUAAAUAAGUCUUCCUCUAUAUUUUUGAUCCAAAAUAUGUUGCCUGGCUUGGCUUAACAUAUUUAUUAUUUAUUUUUUCAUUGUUUAAUUUCAAAUAUUUUUUUUUUAGAUCUUAUAUCAUGGUUUUAUUUAUAUAAAAUAAAACUUGAAUCAUCUUUGUGAAAUUAAGAUCUGAUUAUUGACUUAGAGUUUGUGUUUUUUUUUAUUAUAUGUCCUCAGAAAUGGCUCGAGUUAUACCAUAUACUGCUGAAGUUUUUUGCAACUUUUUUUAUUCAUUGCUCAAAUUGUGGUUAUGUUUUUUCUCAACAAGUCAAAAAUCUUAUUGCUCAUUUACAGUUAAUAAUUUUAACUUUCUUUUUUUUUUAACUUUCUUUUACUACUUCAUUUAUAUUUAUUUUAAUAUUACUAAUUUUGAUCAAUUUUUAUUGAUUGAAAUAUUUCUAAGAUUUCAAAAAACUUUUACUACCUAUAGAAUAAGAACCUAUAUCCAUUGGUGUCGUAAAAGAAACUACUAUAAGAUUGAAUACCUUAUGUAAAAAAAGUAAUCCAUAGUGUUUUCAUAACAGCACAGUUUCAAUUAAUGAGAGCUUCCCUUAAAAUCCACUAAGUGUAUCAGCGAUUAUUGUAUCAGUUGGUUUAGUGUGUAAUGCUCUUUAUGCUUAAAUCGAAAGCAGAUCCCUUUGAUAUUUUGGCUGUGCCUUACUUAGCUUGAUCAAUAUGUUACAACCAAUUAUAACCAAUGAGCUGAAAUUAUUAUGACAAUAACGUAUGUAGCAUUCAUUUGUGUUGUAAUGGUUCAGUGACUUGUAGUAGCAUGACUGAUUAGUCAUUAACACCAAUAUAUGAUGUCAAUUUGAUUAAAUAAGCCGUGCUUAACUUUAUCAUAAUUUAAUUGUGUAUGCGUAACAUUUAAACAUAUUGCAUUUAGCAUCUUGAACUGAUUUACUGAAACCCUUAAAGUGCCACUUUUAACCUUGAUUGGUUGUUAACUACUUAUUAGAGAAAAUUAAUUUAAGAAACAUUGAAUACAAUUUAGUGGAGAGGGUAGUGGCAUAUUUCACAUCCAAAAUGAAAGAACAAAAAUUCAAAAAAUAUAUUUUUUUGUUAGGAUGAACAUUAGCCACAGGCUAGGGACAUAGACAUACCAGGAGUGACUGUAUAGGAUCUUGAAUCAGGUGGCGUUGUGGCCGCUCUCUUUAUAUUAUUUUAUUAAGUAACUUAACUAUUCACUUGUCAACAGUCUCCUAGCUGAUCAGUCCCGGUGUUUCUGUGGCCUAAGUUCUUCGUAGAUAACCCCAAGGGUGUUUCUUCUGAUACAUAUUGCUGGUAGAUAACCUUACUGUAUGUAUAGGCUUAUAUUUGAGAGUUGGCCGCUCUCUGAAUGGUAUGGGUCCAACAAUUAAAAAUUUCUCGUUAGAAAUUUAAAGUAAAGCCUCUUUUAUUCUGGAUGUGCGAUGUAUCUGUGUAGGUAUUACCUUUAUUGAUUUAUAGUUUAUUAUUAUUAGUUACUCAAAAAUAAAACCUGGAAUUUUUGUUGCAUCAAUCUUAUUUAGAUCGGAGGUUGUCAAAAUAGUUCCUUCUUUUGGAUGCUCCUUUUUUUUUUUUUAGUUCAAUUUUUUAUUUGUUGAUGGAUAAACAUGUAUAGAGAUUUAUCUAAACAAAUUCUUUAUAAAAGGAGUUUUAUCUAUAUUUGACAAUAAACAAUUAGAAAAAUGACUGCUCCCUCAAGAGCCAUUCUCUUAUUAAAUAUCAUCUUGGGAUGAUGAAAUUUGUUGGAUACUCUAUUUUAUGCUUAGAUGAUAAAGGAAAGAAUAAACAUGAUCUUUGAUAUAACUAGACUACAGUUCAAAAAAUUAACACUAUAUAAUAUAUUCAUGAAAUCAAAUUCAUUAAAAAAUACCAGAAUAUCUUAUAUAUAUGUAUACCUUGUUUACCUAGCACCAAUAAACACUUUAAACAUUUACUCCAACUAAACAUUUUCAAGUCACCUUUAAAAGCUGAAGAAAUGAACUUAAUAACAUAAAAGACUAUUAGUUAGUUGUACAUAAAGUUUUGUGGGUGAUUUUUAUUGCAGAAUGACAACCACUGAUCUGUAUUACCAUUGUUAGUUUUUAAAUUUUACUAUUUAUUUUAUGCUUUUUUUUUUUUAAUAGACUUAUAUUCAGAUAUGGUGUAAUGUUUAGUGAUUGUUUUUAAUUUACUUAUAAAUUUAUAAAAACUGUGAUAGAUUUCUAGUUACCUAAAACUAGAUUAAAACCAAAAUUUGUUAUUGUGAUAUUAUAGCAUAUAGUCUUAGUUGUUGCAUGAUUUUUACCAAUAAACCAAAUGUACUUAUCAUUCCAAUACAAAUAUUUUUCAUCCAUUUUUGUAAUUAUUAUAAUUUAUCUCUUCCUCC